CGCAAUAUUACAAUACUGACUCUCAAUGUCAGUGUGUGAAGCAGAGCUUAACCCAGGUAUUAAUGCAGAAAUGUAUCUUGAACAAAAGCAGUCACGUAGACGAGGACUGUGUCAAAGGGGUGCUCUAGAACACGCGUGUAAAGCAACGUGGGCCCAGGAGGGCAACAAAAGUUUGGACAGCCUUCACGAACAGAAGGAGGUCAACGAACAAACAGACAGGCUCUGCCAUGGUGUUAGCCGUCGUCUCAGCUGCCAAAUUAGACAACUCCAAUCUGUACAGGAAACCAGCUUGAUGAGGGCUCGCGUGCGAACAGAACGUCAAGCUUUGGCUUGAGCUGUGGCUUUAACAUCCUCACUUGGACUCGGAGCGGUGAAAGCCAAGGCCGCGUUUGUUCAAGAGGGGGAGGACGCCACUGUCCCACUGUACAUGUUGACAUGUGACUGUGUGACUCACGACGUUGAAUAAUUUCGUUACGCGAACUGAGUAAGCCCGGCGAGCUUGCAUGGUACCUCAGGCUACACCGUACUGUCUUAAGGGAUCCCUCCACGAAAUCCGGCUAAACCCUGGGUAGGCCGCCUCGGCCCUGCCUGAUGGAAGGCGGCCGCGGCACGCACGAGCGGGCCCGGUCUACUCAGGCGUCAGAACGAACAAAAUCUGCUCGGUGGUCUAAGGCAUUUGAUCAAGCAGGACUCAAACUAGUAGGAAGAGGCCCCACAGUUGCACAACGGCGAGAUGGCCGCUGAGAAGGUCGACGAAGAGAGGGGGACUCCUCCGUCGGGUGAAGGGGAGCGGCCGUACUUGACCAAAGAGGAGGUGGAGGCUCUUGGACCGAAGGGCCUUGAGGGGCAGCAGGCAUGGGUCUACAUCACGCCCACCGGCACAACGCUGACGGUGGACGCAGGGAAACGGAUUGUCGACUACGAAGAACUGAGGGAACACCAGUGUCGCAUCAUCGUAGCUGAUCUGCCUCCGAGUUCUCCCAUCAUCUUUUUGAUGAAUCCGACCAUAACUUACUUCAAAGGGAACCGGAGGUACCGGGUUUACAGACGGGGAGAAAUGAGCGAUUGGCAGUACUUUGAAAUGGGCGCUAUCAAACUCUGGAACAGGGUGCGCCCGAAAUGGGGCAAAGAAGCAUGAUUCUGUCUUGCAUGUGUGUGCAGAUCGUUUGUUCCUUUUCCUAAAUUGUUGCAAUAGCUGCGACUAAAUGUGUAUGAUAUGCCUCUUCGUGGACUGGGCACGUCAAAACUCGUAAGCGCUAUUUGGAGUAGUAGACCGUCUGCAUCGGCUUUGAACAGUCUUGAUCAUACCACUUUCAGGUGUGUGUAAUGGGGUGCUAAACAUGCAAACGCUCGGACAACCAAGAUCGG